GCCUCGUUAACUUGCUGGGCAUUUAAACGCAAGCCCCAACUGUAUGGCAACUUUUUAAGUAAAGAAAAGUUUAUGUAAGUUCAUUAUUUUGCUAACGUUGCACAUUGCAUCGUUGUCGCUUGCUAAACAUUGCACACUUUGAAUUAACGUUAUCUCACGUUAACUUUUGCCAGUUAGCUAGCUAACAUUUGUGUGCAGUCGUGCGUACUUACUAAGGGCUCACUAGCUAGGUACAAUAACGGCAGCUAAAGGCUUAAUCGAGGCUUGCAUGACCGAGGCGCUGUGAUUGCAUUGCGUUCCUUUACAGAGAUUCGGGCGAGGGCGGGCCGUGGGUGAGAGAUGGGCGAGAUUGAGGGCUCCUACCGGGUCCUGCAGACCCCUGGGACCCGCCUGGGCGCCCAGUUCAAUGCCGGGAUCAGUACCCUGGAGCCUGGUCAGGCCCUCAGCACCACCGGGGGCAAAGGUCAGGACAAGGGCCUGCAGGUCCGGGUGCAGGGGCUGGACGACUCUCAGGACCUCUACGACUUGGAGUACAAGGCUGAUGGUCAGGCCCUCCUGACUGAGGUUUUCCAGAGGUUCAAUCUCAUUGAGUGCGACUACUUUGGCCUGGAGUUUCAGAACACGCAGACAACCUGGAUGUGGCUGGAACCUACGAAGCUCGUAGUGAAGCAGGCCAGGAGGCCCAGGAACGCUCUCUUCAGGCUGUCGGUGAAGUUCUUUCCCCCUGACCCCGGUCAGCUGCAGGAGGAGUACACAAGGUACCUGUUCGCUCUGCAGAUAAAGAGGAACCUCACAGAGGGUCGGUUGGCCUGCACUGAGAACACUGCCGCCCUGCUGGCCUCUCACCUGGUGCAGUCGGAGAUUGGCGAUUACGACGAGAUGGCGGACCGUGAGUUUCUGAAGGUGAACAAGCUGCUGCCCAAUCAGGAGAGGGUGCAGGAGAAGAUCAUGGAGCUCCACCGCCGCCACCUGGGCCAGACUCCGGCUGAGUCAGACUUCCAGGUCCUGGAGAUAGCUCGCAAACUGGAGAUGUACGGGGUCCGCUUCCAUCCUGCCGCCGACCGUGAGGGAACCAAGAUCAACCUGACCGUGGCUCACCUUGGCCUCCAGGUCUUCCAGGGCAACACAAAGAUAAACACCUUCAACUGGUCCAAGAUUCGCAAGCUGAGCUUCAAGAGGAAGAGGUUUCUGGUCAAGCUCCACCCUGAGGUUCAUGGCCCUCAUCAGGACACCCUGGAGUUCCUGAUGGCCAGCCGGGACCAGUGCAAAGUCUUCUGGAAAAACUGUGUGGAGCACCAUACCUUCUUUCGCCUGCUGGACCAGCCCAAGCCCAAGGCCAAAGCCAUCCUCUUCAGUAGAGGCUCGUCCUUCAGAUACAGUGGGAGGACGCAGAAGCAGCUGGUCGAGUACGUGAGGGACAGCGGAAUUCGGAGGACUCCCUACCAGAGGAGGAACAGCAAAAUGUGCACGUCCACCCGCUCCCUGGCCUCCGACUUCCCGAAGCAGAACUUGUCCUUCAACGACAGCCUCAAGGCCCCGCCCUCUACAGCCACCGUGUCCUUCCACUCCCUGAACGCCAUUGGCUCUCCCCCGCGACCGGAGCCUCUGGUCCUGCCCAACCUGCAGCAGCCAGCCUCCCCUCCCAGCCCCCCGACGGAGGACCUGGUCAAGACGCCCCUACCAUCUCAGUCUGCCUUUGCAGGGCCACUCCUGGAUGGCCCCCCGCUCUCGCCCUACGCGGUGACCAGCCCCCUCUGCCUCUCGCCCUCCUUCCAGAUGUCCACCCUCAGCCUCCCGGGCCAGGCCCCCUCGCCCCUGCAGAGCCCCCUCCUGAGUGAGGCGGGCGCGGUCCGGCUGGACGAGGAGGAGGACGGCAGGAGGAAGCGCUAUCCAACUGACAAGGCCUACUUCAUAGCCAAAGAGAUCCUGACCACAGAGAGGACUUACGUGAAGGACCUGGAGGUUAUUACAGUGUGGUUCCGCAGCGCCGUCAUCAAAGAGAACGCCAUGCCAGAGGGCCUGAUGACCCUGCUCUUCUCCAACAUCGACCCCAUUUACGAGUUCCACCGGGGAUUCCUCAAGGAGAUUGACCAGAGGCUGGCUCUCUGGGAGGGCCGCUCCAACGCCCACGUGAAGGGCGACUACCAGCGCAUCGGGGACGUGAUGCUGCGCAACAUGUGCGCUCUGAAGGAGUUUAUCAGCUACCUGCAGAAGCACAACGAGGUGCUGACAGAGCUGGAGAAGUCCACAAAGCGGCUGAAGAAACUGGAGACAGUGUACAAAGAGUUUGAGCUGCAGAAGGUGUGCUACCUGCCCCUCAACACCUUCCUGCUGAAGCCCAUCCAACGCCUCAUGCACUACAAGCUCAUCCUGGAGCGGCUGUGCAGACACUACAGCCAGGAGCACCGAGACCUCCACGACUGCAAGGAGGCCCUGAAGGAGGUGGCUGAGAUGGCUGCCCAGUUGCAGAGCAGCCUGAUCCGGCUGGAGAACUUCCAGAAGCUCACCGAGCUGCAGAGGGACCUGAUCGGCAUCGAGAGCCUGACGGCCCCCGGGAGAGUGAGUGAGUUUAUCCGGGAGGGCUGUCUGUACAAGCUCACUAAGAAAGGACUUCAGCAGAGGAUGUUCUUCUUGUUCUCCGACAUGCUCCUGUAUACCAGCAAGGGGGUGACGGCCACCAACCAGUUCAAAGUUCACGGCCAGCUGCCCCUGCACGGCAUGCUCAUUGAAGAGAGUGAGAAUGAGUGGUCUGUGCCCCACUGCUUCACCAUCUAUUCUGCACAGAGAACCAUUGUGGUGGCUGCCAGUUCCAAAGUGGAGAUGGGGAAAUGGAUGGAGGAUCUGAACAUGGCGAUCGACAUUGCAAAGAAGUCCCAGGAGAAAUCAGAGCUCUUCCUGGACCCAGACCUGUGUGACCGUUCCAACCGGUCUUCAGACGAGGUCUCUCUGGAGCAGGAGUCUGAGGACGACACACACUCGUCCCGCAGCUCCCUGGACAAACAGACGCACCACCGCGCCAACACCACCAUGCACGUGUGCUGGCACCGCAACACCAGCGUGUCAAUGUCAGACCACAGCCUGGCCGUGGAGAACCAGCUCUCCGGAUACCUCCUGAGGAAGUUCAAGAACAGCAACGGCUGGCAGAAACUGUGGGUCGUCUUCACCAACUUCUGCCUUUUCUUCUACAAGACCCACCAGGAUGACUUCCCAUUGGCCAGUUUGCCAUUGCUAGGCUACACAGUCGGUACCCCGGGCGAGUCGGACAGCAUCCACAAAGAGUAUGUCUUCAAGUUGCAGUUCAAGUCCCACGUGUAUUACUUCCGGGCCGAGAGCGAGUACACCUUUGAGAGGUGGAUGGAGGUGAUCAAGAGUGCAGCCAGUGCCACGGGCCGGAUGAGUCUGCUGGUCCCCAAGAACCCCCCGGAGAUGAACGGCAACUGAGCUCCUUUUCGCUGGGCGGAGCUCUCGGGGGCUGGGGGCAGGGCCUCGCAGACUCCCGAGAGCACAUGAGCAUCUUUAUUUUAAAAGUAUCACUUUCGCUAUAUGUAUUCCUCUGAGGAACUCCCCAACUCGGGGUGUGGGGGUGGGCUUUGCGAACAACCAGACAAAACCAGCGGGGGUGCCCCCGAAAAGAGGGGGCCCCCCUGCCCUUUCUCUCAAUGGAUCAACAUGCCACGCAUCGGGGCCUCUCCACAGGGGCUAUGGAACAUCGCGGCACCGGCCGGGCCUGCAGAACCGCCCUCUUAAGUCGCCUUCACGACCGAGACGUGCGGGGCAGACCCGCGACCUGUUUCAGCUGAGGCCGGGGUCACCGCCUGGUGCCGUAAAGGAAAUCCACGCAGAACGGCACACUGAAGUGGUUUCUGAAGGACUGGCAAAAUUUAAAUGAUUGCAAGAAUUGCAAAGGUACGAUAAUAAAAUAGCGUGCACUGCCAAACAGCUUUGAGAUUCGGUGGGUAAGGUCCGCUCAGAUUGUUGUAUUUUGUUACAAGCUGAACCUGAAUGCUAGCUUGGAUCUAGACUAAGGGAAUACUGUAUGUUAUUGCAGGUGUACCUUAUUAGAAAGCAGGAUAUACAUAUAUACAUAUACAUAUACAUAUAUAUAUACAUAUAUAUAUAUAUAUAUAUAUAUAUAUAUAUAUAUAUAUAUAUAUAUAUAUAUAUAUAUAUAUAUAUAUAUAAUAGCUCCGUGUUUGUGUAUGCCAGGCAGGACAUAUUUGUGUAUUGGUGUCAAAAGCUUAACGGUCUAUCUCCCCUCCCACUGAGAAGUCAUUGAACCACAUACUAAACUGCUUAACAUGUCGGUAUUGCUGAGGGAUAUGGAAAGGAACCAACUUUAUGGUCCCUUUUCGGUGCACAAGUGGUCACAAAUAAAAUUAAGGCAGACUAUCAGCAGAAAGAUAGUGGAAUGACAUGAACCCAGCGAGGCACAGGAAGUUGGUGUAAUGAAGGAGGGAUGUAGGAAGCAGGAAAUUAAGAAAGUAACAGGAGGUGGAGGCAGGUUAAAUGCAAAGUAUGCGAAAGGCAGAGGUUUUCUUACAGACAGCGGGGGUCUAAAACUGGAUGGAAUCCCCUAGCGAGUUCUGUCAUAUUGGAUGGGCCUAGCAGAGAAGAACAAAUGCAGGGAUUAUCUCACGCUUGGUUAAGGAUAAGGAGUUCUGAUGGAUGGAUAAUAAUGGAUGAUUACACUAUUUAUGAGGGUGCAGUUUGCCUUAUAGGAUUGUAGCUUGGCGAGUUGUGCAAGAAGGCAGUCAGUUUCAAACCUAUGUCUUCUGGGGUUUGAGAUUCAAUACCAGUGGGCUUGGGUGGAUCAUGACAUUUAUUUGUGACUGAUGUAACCAUGUGAACCAUUUUCUGGCCAUGGCAACAUUUUUCUUGUAUUUCAGUGCCUCCCCUGAUGCACAAAUUAAAGUCAAUGAAAAUAAAAUGUGAUUCAAUGGCAUAUUUUGAAUAUGACAGAUUGUGGGAAAACCUUUCCAAACUAUAUUUUGAACUUUUAUGUUUGUAAUUUUUUAUUUUACCAAUUGAAAUUAUUUGGAUGAGUAGCAAUUGAGAUUUCUGUGUAAGAAAAGGGAUUCAGUAUUUGCGUGGUCAUUAACACAAGCUUUCAAAGUUAAGCUGCUUUGUUCAAUUUCACUCAUUAGUUUGUAAGCUGUAAAACAUUUGCUGGAAAGGAUAUGGUCUUCUCACCCCAAGGCAUUCUAGGAUUUUCAUGUUUGGCUAUAGUAAAACUACUACAAAAAUUGCUCAGAAUUGCCUUGCUCCCCCCCCCCCCAAUUACUUCAGUGUUUGGCUUUUCACAAUGUAGUUUUAGGUUUUGUACUAGCUUUCUGAAAUUACCUAAGUCAGGCAGACUGGUUGGUCAUUUUUUAAUUUAGUUUCUAGACUGUUGAGUGCAAAUUUGGCUUGUUCAUGUGCUGUCAUGGAUUUCAAAGUUCUAUUUCAAUGAAACCACACUACGGUAGAAUUGACUUGGUGUGAGAUCUGUGGUGCGAGACCAUUACUGUAUAUUUUUCUUACCUGUUCCCGUUUGUGCCCUAGAGAGCACUCUCAGGAGCUUAAGAAACUGGAAGUUUUCCUACAUGUGUUUCUUCUGAUAUGGGGUGUUGGCCAUUAUGAUACUCACAACAGGCAUGAGGAAGUCAGAUGUAGUUGAUUUUGGCCUGUCUGUUCUGGCCAGAGGCUGUGGAGGCCGCAGGGGUUGUUUGGCCCUGGCUGGAGUAGAGCUCCCUGAUGUCUGAGUGUUUUUAGUGUCAUGAGGCAGGGGGCCUCUGAAGUGUGUCAGCUGUGUCUUACAUCAUACCGACAGUCCUCAUUCUGUGUAGCCAAUUGUUCUUUGGAGGGGUGGGGAGGUGUUUUUAAACAUAGUUUUGGAGCUGGGCUUUCACAUGACUAGUGUGGGAAUUUCUCAAAAUUAUAAAGGUUAUAAACUGUCCCAACACUUCCUCCUAGUUUUAGAAGAUAUGGUUGCUAGUGUCCAGAGGUGUAAAGAGGUCAGAAGGUAUAAGUCCUGCCAUGUCUUUCUUCCACCCAAGAACUAAGUCAACCAUUUGAUUUCACCAAUUAGUUCUACCUUCUGGCUGAAGAAUUGUGCUAAUUAGCAGAUUGAGGUGGUUGAAACAAAAUACAUUUACUUCCUGAAUUUUACACUUCUGCUAGUGUCCAAUUCAAAGAGCAAUGUUGGGUUUAAACUGGACUGUGUUUGUGAACAAGACCAGCCAAAUGCCUCCUUUAACUUACUGCUGUUGUUCCCGUUUGUACUAUAGCACUGUGUGUGCAGUACAAGGACUGGAAUUCUCUCUGUGACCGGGCAAGGCCAAACCCUUGUGUUGCAACCGCUACGCAGCCCCCCCCCCGUUCAUUUCUCUCUUUCUGUUCUUUCUUUUCUCUAUUUAUUGUGUAGCAUGUUGCCGGAGUCCUGCUCCUGUUAACUCUGCAUGUAGUUUCGUUUCCAUGUUACGACAGUGAAAAGAUAACAUAAAUAAAAAUAAAAAAAUUGACAGAAA